AUGACGCUCUUCGACAACGGUCCUACAGAAAAGGUUGCAUCCUCUCGAGGCCUUCUACUAGACGUGAACCAGAACGACAUGACAGUCAAGCUUGUUCAAGACUUCAUCAACGGUGCAAAAACCUGGGCGCAAUUCGAGGGCAAUCUGCAAGCCAUCGAUCUUUCGAACGAGAAUACGAAUCUUUUCAUCGGUUAUGGAAGCCAGCCGUACUUCGCAGAACUAAACGCCAACGGCGAUGUCUUGCUAGACGUCCAGUUCGGAAAACCAAAUGCUGUGAAUAGCUAUCGCGCAUAUAAGCUCCCAUGGCAAGGCAAACCACUCAACAAGCCAGAUGUCCACUGGGAUAAGAAUGGGAACAGAGCUUACUUUUCAUGGAAUAGUCAAACUGACUGCGAGAAUUGGGUCGUGUAUACGGCGAACGCAGCCAACUCUUCGACUUGGACGAACGUGACAGCCGUACACAGAACAGGCUUCGAGACAAUAGUCGACUUGAUGGACGUCCAGCUUGAUGCCUAUGUUCGAGGAAAGGCGAUUAACGGCCCAGGCUCCGUGCUAGGUAGGACGCAGGCGAGCGACGGAAACCAGUUGUUCGAUUCCCCAGAUGACAUUCAAGAAAACGCUUCAACUAGUCCUACAGCUGCAAGCAGUACUACAUCUUCGAGCAGUGGAACCUCGGCUGCUGCCAGUUCUUCAACGUCAACUGGUGCUGCGGCAAAAGUGACACAAAGCGUAAAGGAGCAGGUGUAUCUAGCAGCGGUGAUCAUUGCGGGUGGCCUGGCUCUCAUUUGA